UAUUAAUAAAAGAGAGGGGAUACAAAUCGAACGAUAAUCUGUUUAUUUCACUUGUUCAUGACAUAAGCAAACAUUAUAAGAAAGUAAAUACGUAAAUAGUGAUUUGAAAUAUUGACGCAUUAUAAGGUAGCGUUUUGUUAAAUUAUACGAAAGGACGGAGUAAUUUUACUAUAUUAUACAAUUAAGUGAUGGCAAGUUUAUCAGCAAAAAGAAGUUACGAAGACGAUGAUAGUACACCCAAUGUCAAAGAGAGAAAAAAACAUCAUACUGAUUUGUACUUAACCUAUGAUGAUUUACGACUUGUAUUUAAAUAUUUGAAUUGGGCAGAUCUUUUGAAUGCGUCAAUGGUUUGCAGGUCAUGGUUAGAAGUGGCAAACGAUGAGAAACGAACUAGGGGAGGUCCUACCACUUUUAUGAACAUUGGUAGAAGAUAUAUGUCAUCUAUAGAAAAAUUACGGGACAAACCAGCAGUAGGAUUAGUUUUUAAAGGUAUACAUAAAUCAAGCAUUAGGCAAGAUUGCCUUUGUCGAGUUCUUCCACGAAGUUGUGAAAUUGUAACACUGUCCACAUUUGGUAUACUUAUGGAAAAUGCAGAAAUGGAAAGAGCUCUUCAGAAAAGAGUAUAUGCAUUUCUACCUGAAAUACCUGAUGUAACAAUGAAAGUAAUUACAGUUGUUUCACGAAAUGAUUAUACACAGUAUUAUCAACAAAUGAAACUAGCUUUUUUCAAAGAUAAAACUGAUAGAUCUAAAUGCCUUCUACUAUUUUGUAAUCAAGCAGGUCGUACCCUAGCACAGAGAACUGCAAGGGUAUUACGAAUAUGUGGAGGAGUUACACCUUCUGUAUGGGGAGGAGUAGUCAAGGAUUUAUAUGUGUGUAAUUCAAAAAAUAUUGAUCAUGACGAGAGAUGCUUUUCAUAUGCAUUUUGUGUUGGAAUUGUUAUAGUUGGAGCAAUAGAUUCAUGGUCUAUAGUUAUAGAUGAAGAUUGCAACACUAAAGAACUAGUUGAACAGAAGUUGGAAUCAUUUAAGAAUCAUGUUUCAUUAAGAAAACAUUCCAUAGGUUACAUGUUUGCGUGUUGUGAACGUGGAACAAAUAUGUUUGAUGAAACGGAUGUAGAAUCUACUAUAUUCAAAAAGCUGUUUCCAGAGGUACCAUUGGUAGGCUGUUUCGGUGACGGAGAAUUUGGAGAAAAUACGGUACCAAAUUAUAAUUUUAGCUUGGGAGAAGACUACUGGUACCAUGAAAGGUCUACUGUAUUUUUAAUAAUUACAUAUGGCCAAAAGUUGACUUGAAUCUAUAAUGAAGAAAUCUGAACUAUCAAUUAAAUUAAUAUCAGACUAUAUUUGGUAAAUGUUAAGUGACUAAUUGUAACAUAAAAAAUCAAUAAUGGUGGUUUAAAAAUAUAUGUUACAUAAUAAUGUAUCUUAAUAUAUUUUAUGUUCAUACAGA